AACGAAUAAAGUCAUAAGUCUCCCAAAAAUGAAACCCUAACCUUUCCGAAUUUCAUGUGCCAGAAGCCAACCGAUCGACAAAAUGCAAGUCCAAAUCCUUGAAACCAAACUUAUCCAACCCUCUACACCACCCCUUCUCGAUCAAGAACAGGUCCUCCCUCUCUCGCACCUGGACACCGAUCCUAAUCUCGACGUCACGUUCCGUUAUCUCCGUGUGUAUGUAAAUGCCGACCAAACGAAGCGCGCCCACGAUACACCUUACCAUGUCAUUGCCAGAGCGCUCUCUGGUGCACUUUGUUACUACUACCCUCUAUGCGGCACGCUUCGCCCCGGCGAUAACGAUCAUCACCGCCUCGAGCUACAUUGUGUUGCCAGCCAAGGCAUGCCGCUCGUUCUUGCCACCGCCAAUUGCACUCUCCAUGCGGUUAAAAACCUUGAUGACGCAGACUCGGGUUUCUUGGAGCAGCUGAUACCCGACCCGGAUCCGGAGGAGAGUUUGGCCAACCCGUGCAUGCUCCAAGUCACGGUGUUUGAAUGCGGGGGGUUCAGCUUGGGCACCGCCAUACACCACGCCAUGUGCGACGGGCUCGGGGCGACCCUGUUCUUUGGGGCGGCGGCGGAGCUAGCUCGUGGGGCGGAGCGAGUUUCCAUCGAGCCGGUGUGGGACCGAGACGUCUUGUUGGGGCCAAGGAGUCCGGCUCGGGUCGAGGCGCUAGGGGAUUACCUAUGCGAGAAGGGUCGGAACCCGUACGACGAUGAAGAGAAUUGCAAGUUUGGUCGGGAGUUUUUCCGCGUGAAAGAGGAGUGGUUGGACCGAUUUAAGGCAUUGAUGCUGGAAAAGUGCGGCCAGAAGUUCACCACGUUCGAAGCUUUAGGUGCAUUCAUUUGGCGCGCAAAGGUGAAAGUAUCGGACAUUCCGGGGGACGAGACGGUGAAAUUCUCAUACUCGACGAACAUCCGCAAGGUGCUGAAACCGCCAUUGCCCGUCGGCUACUGGGGCAACGGAUGUGUCCCGAUAUGUCAACUGACGGCGAGAGACUUGCUGGAAAAGCCAAUUUGGGAAGUCGCGGAGCUGAUCAGGAAGAGCAAGCGCAACGCAAGUGAUGAGUACGUGCGAUCGUACAUCGACUUUCAAGAAGCACAUCGAAGAGAAGGCGUCUCGGCAGGAAAAAAUGUGAGCGGAUUCACGGAUUGGAGGCAUUUGGGGCACUCGGCGGUGGAUUUUGGGUGGGGAGGGCCGGCCAACGUGCUGCCUCUCUCGAGGAAGCUCUUGGGGAGCAACGAGGCUUGCUUCUUCUUGCCUUGUUCCGAGGUCGGAGUCAGAGAUCCGAGCGAUGGCUUUAGGGUUUUGGUGAAUCUGAAGGACAGGUGCUUGUGUGGUUUUAAGGAGGAGAUGGAGAAGCUUGGGAAGAUGGAGUUUGGUAUUGCUUAAUGUCAAAGCAAGAUGCUUGAGUGGCUAUUUCAUUGUAAGCUGUGGACGUUGGUUUUGUACUUUGGAGGAAGUUCCUAUGGGGGACUUUCAUUUCCCCCUCAAGUUUGAUCUAAUUCUCUUCUCUCU